CACGAAAGUGGGAGUGAGGGGCACCGCGAGAAUCGGGCCAUCAGUGCUUUCGCGUAUUUGCCAACGCGAGGAGUGAUUCAGGGCGCUCAGUUGAUACUUUUGUCUAGUCAGUAAAAGGGAAGCCACAGAAACCGCCACCAUGGACGCGAUCAAGAAGAAAAUGCAAGCGAUGAAGCUUGAGAAGGACAAUGCGAUGGACAAGGCCGAUACCUGCGAAGGACAGGCUAAGGAUGCCAAUCUCCGUGCCGACAAAGUCAAUGAGGAGGUGCGUGAUCUGCAGAAGAAGCUUGUCCAAGUGGAAAACGAUCUGUCCACAUCAAAGAACCACCUCGAAUCUGCCAAUCAGGAGCUCGAGGAGAAGGAGAAGACACUCACUGCCACAGAAUCCGAAGUGGCUGCUCUCAAUCGCAAAGUCCAGCAAAUUGAGGAAGAUCUCGAGAAGUCUGAGGAGCGUUCCGGCAGUGCCACCCAGAAAUUGCUUGAGGCCACUCAAUCAGCUGACGAAAACAAUCGUAUGUGCAAGGUGUUGGAAAACCGAUCCCAGCAGGAUGAGGAGCGUAUGGAUCAGCUCACCAACCAACUCAAAGAGGCCCGUCUCCUCGCUGAGGAUGCCGACGGAAAGUCCGAUGAGGUGUCCCGCAAGUUGGCCUUCGUUGAAGAUGAACUUGAAGUGGCUGAGGAUCGCGUCAAGUCCGGAGAAUCCAAGAUCAUGGAGUUGGAGGAGGAGUUGAAGGUCGUUGGCAACUCCCUGAAAUCUCUCGAGGUGUCUGAGGAGAAGGCCAACCAGAGAGUUGAGGAGUUCAAGCGUGAGAUGAAGACCCUCACCGUGAAACUAAAGGAAGCCGAAAACCGUGCCGAACAGGCUGAGAAGCAGGUGAAGAGGCUCCAGAAGGAGGUGGACAGACUAGAAGGUGAGUGUCCAGAUGGAUAUUGCUUUCUGGAGAAAUAUCCUGGACUAUGGUGUGCGAUGGGAUGGGACAUAAUGAAAAAAAUGAUAAUAAUGCUAAAACAUAAAAAAAUUACUAUGUUUCUGCUUUUGCUACGCUUCUUACAGACAAUCUCUUCCAUGAAAAAGAAAAAUACAAAGCGAUCUGCGACGAUUUGGACUCAACUUUUGCCGAACUUACAGGAUAUUAGAGAUCACUCUGUCCAAUUUAUUCAUUCAUGCCAAAAUCUUUUUAUCGAGACAUUUCCACACUUUAUCCCUCCUCAAAAGCUCAUUAUCAACACCAAACAACCUACACCCAAAACCCUCAAAUUUACCAAUUUGUGCCCUUUCUGUACAAAUGAUUUUCUCCCAACUGAGGACACUUGCAGAGCAAAAUCUUUGUUGUUAUUUGACCUCCUUCUUGCAGCAAAUUACACUUGAUUAUGCAACCCAAAGUAACUCAACUAUAUUGACCACUUUGAUGAGUCCCUUCCUUGUUGACAUCGAGCCAAACAGCUGCCAUUUAGUUUUCUUACACUGCACAUUUUUUUUAUCAGCAACCAAUUAAGUGACAUGAAAUUUAGCCUUUUUCUCUCUGAUCUCCCAAAACACACUGUCGCUCAACUAUGAUAACAAUUAAAAUUUUUACACCACGUCGCUAACCCGCAUUCUUCUGAAUAAUUUACACCCUUUGUCAUAUCCCCAGAAGGGCCAUUAAACCUCCUGCCCUCAACAUUAA